UUGUUAGUGCGAGUUUUGCCGUCGUCGGUGCUGUUUGUGCAGGCAGUGUUGUGGUUCGUCUGGAGUUUGUCGUCAUAACCGGACUUUUUUUUUAUAUAUAUUUCUGACGUUUCGGAAUAGAAGAAUUUCCUCCUGUUUGGUGCACGGGCUGUGUGCGUUUUUAUGCUGUCGCAAUUUGGGAUUUUUGGUGCAUAUCAAUCGUCGACUCGGAAGCGAAGAUUUCUUGGGAACGGUGGCGAAACUGCAAUCGCAGAGUGCGUUUCACGAAGCAGUGAAGAAAAAAGAAUUGUUCUUCUGGUGGGCUGCUGCGAUCACAGUGAGUGAGUGAAGCAAGUGAGGAUUUUGGAAGAAGAAACAGUGAAUGAAGAUUGUUGGUUAGGAUUUCGGAACACUUUGGUUCCUUUGUUUUGGUUUCGAAAGAGAGUGACCCCUUCAUCGGCGUUGGAAGCAUUAAUAGAUUUUGAUGAUUAGUGGUGCAGAAUUUUGUGGAUGAAAAGCACUUACUGUCGGUAAUUGAUAGUAAGAGAGAAUGUGAAACGUUUCCUGGAAAAGAAGCAAGCAGAAGAAAAAUUACAUGAAGCUACGAGACAAGGGAAUCCUGACCGCCGCAUACGAACAGCCCGGAGAGCGAGAAACUGAGAUUACACUGCUUCAAGCAAUCGUUCAAGGCAGAAAAGAGACAGCCGUGCACGCAUCCUUGUUCCAGAACAUUUGGCACCGCUAAAUCAAACCUCUGGGAAACGAUCGUAACCGCGUCGAGCUGGCCACAACAAAACCCCGCCGCAUCAGCCGUCUCAUAUCAAAUUCGCCAACCGAAUCUAAUGCGCGAACCGGGACCACCUUCACCAAAAUCGGAUCACCGACCGUUUCCGUCACACUUCUUGGACGAACUCGUCGGCAUAGUCGCACCAGCAAAACGCACUUGUAAUGAACGACUGCUGAACGAGCGGAAUCGCAUUGCAAAGAAGCCAACCGCCGGCCCCUUCCACCGGUAGACGGGAAGCAACCUCACCGACCGGGUCGUCCGUGCCGUGGCCGUGCAACGCAAUCAGAAUAAUGAUUACUAUCAGCGGCCCUCGAUGGUGAAACAAAGGCAGAAUUCCGCGCCGAAAUUAGCAGCCCAUCGGAAACAAUAGUCCAGAACGACUUUUACGACUUUUUCCACGGAAUUUGCCACGAUAAUUACCGCGCGCAGUCAACGAUCUUAAACUGCUGUGUACAUGUGAUCCGUUAUCUCCGUGUGUCUUGUCGUCCGUUUUUAAUCCUCCAUUGUGGUGUGUGGCCGUCGUUGUAUUCGAUGUAAUUUGGUGUACAGUCAGUUCAUUGUUUCUUAAUCAUCGGCCGGUUGGUUGCCCAGUUGCGGUGGUGGUGGUCUGUUAUCAUCGCUUUGCGUGGCGUGAAAGCAACAUUCGCCCGCCUUCCCCGAUCGGUAUCUCAUCCCCCAGUGCAGUGGAAGUGUUUUGAUGUGGAUUGCCGUCGCUGCAGUGUUUGUGUUUUCUAUGUGAAAAAGUUCAGAAAAGCAUAAAAGCGUGGAAAGUUUACUGAAAUCUGUUUCGCUUUCAAUCCUUCCCAAUUGAUUCGCUGGGAAGCGAGUGUGAGUGAGUGAGCGAGCGGGCGAGCGUGUUUUGUUGUUAUUAUCAAUCGGGUUUGAUAAUCCGUGUCCGAGGCGCGAUCAACUCGAGUGCGAUCGCCAACAACGAAUAGUGUGUUGUGGGCAAGCGAGCGCGAUCACACGCCCCUGCGAUCACGACUCACAGCCCUGUGGCGUUCGAGUAGCAGUAGCAGAAGCAGCAGCAACCACAGGACGGCAACAUGCGCGAAUUCAAGGUCGUUGUACUGGGCUCCGGUGGUGUUGGCAAAUCGGCCCUCACCGUGCAGUUCGUAUCCGGUUGCUUCAUCGAAAAGUACGACCCGACGAUUGAGGAUUUCUACCGGAAAGAAAUAGAGGUUGACAGCUCACCCUGUGUGUUAGAAAUCCUUGACACUGCCGGCACAGAACAGUUUGCAUCGAUGCGGGAUCUGUACAUCAAAAAUGGCCACGGUUUUAUUGUUAUGUACUCGCUAACGAAUCACCAGACAUUUCAGGAUAUCUCCAGUAUGCGAAAUGUGAUCAGUCGUGUGAAAGGCAGCCAGCCAGCACCCAUCCUCCUAGUCGCCAAUAAACUAGAUUUAGAUUGCCAAAGAGAAGUUUCGACAGCCGAAGGAAGCGCCCUCGCCGAGCUGUGGGACUGCCCGUUCAUCGAAGCGUCUGCCAAGGACCGAAUCAACGUGAACGAAGUGUUCGCCACCGUCGUCCGGGAAAUGAACAUGACCUCCGAAAAACGCCAGAAGAAGAGUUACUGUUGUUGUACAUUAUUAUAGAAGUGGCAUUAAAGGCGUAAUUUUAAACCAAAACCCCACGUUCCCUCCUCAGUCCCCAGCCCCCCUUAAUCGUAAAAAAUCUCCAUGUUGUUCCUCGUUGAUAUUCCCCAAUCGUCCCCUUCCUGCAAUGGAAUCAAAUCCAACACAAAAGUUCCCCCACCCCAGCCCCCGUAAUCUUUAAUUCGUAUAUAUAAAUAUAAUUAAUUGUAAUUGUAAUGAUAAAUCAAUUUUCGCGAAAACCAGAUGGGCCAUUGAACGAUAUCGAUCCAUUUAUCAGAGAAUGGAUGAGUUUUUUUUUUCGAGUGCGAGAAUCAGUCGAUCGAGCAAUUAGGGCUGGCAAAGCAACACUGAAUCCUGGAAAAAAUCAAGAAAAAAAAACACAAGAAACUGGAAAUUAUAUACAUAUUAAAUGUAGUAACGAUAAUAAUUAAUGGUAACUUAAACUGUACACCAAAUGUGAAAUGCGAUGGCAUGGCAAAAGAUGGUGCGCGAGCGAGACAGCGCGAAUGCGACGAUUAGGAUGCGAACGGGACAGGGUGCGGUUGGAGCGUGCGUGUUUUUUUUACACUAAGAUUGAUGUACAAUAAAAGAACGGAUUGUGGGGAAGAAAAUCAAAGCAAAAGGAUAUUGGGAUUACGAAACGAAAGCCAGCAAGGAUUGUGAACCCCCACCCUGGACUGUUGUCGGGGGGGCGGGGAAGAGGAAAGUGGUAGGAAGAAGAAGAAAAAAAUAUUAGCCGCGCCUAUCUGUGUAUGUAAAUCUAACGUUUUUUCGAGUUUAAGUCAGCAAAUCUGUCUAGGGUAUAUUUUUAGCAAAGGGAUAAAAAAAAGCGAGAGAAAGAGAGAGAGCGAGCGAAAGAAUCCGCGCGAAAAUAAAAAAAAUGGCGGAACCAAGAGAAGAAUAAUAAGGGAAAACCACUUUUCCAAUUAGUCAGAAUCAAUUCUUCUUUCGUUUUUGGGUAAAAAUUGAGAGAUAGACUUGGUCGGUUAGUGAGUUAGUGAUUAUUAUUUACAAUUAGAAAUGCUAUGCUCCCUGGAGGCGGCGCAGUAGCAAACGGUUUGCAAUGCUCUAUGCUCUAAACUCAAUCAAAUCGGUAGGUUCUAAUGCGGUUUUAGAUCAGGUUUCAUGUCUGCAUGGCGGUGCACAGAGCUGUGAAUCUAUUCGAGAGAACAAAAAUAUGAUGCGUUGAAUUUGAGUAUAAUUUUUGGUUUAAAAGGGCUCACUUAACUAUUUGGGCAAUGAAUUCCCUUGAUACUUGUGGAGGGGCAGACGUAGGGAAACUGGUCCAUUUUGCUAUAGCAAAUUCACUUAAAAACAGGAACUGAUGUCGGUUCAUUUUGCCAACAUGUUUUCUCACUGUUGAAAAAUUCACAAGAAUAAGAAACAAAACAAACUACUUUUGAUUCCUCUUUUUUGAUAGGAUAAAUAUAAGAGCAAUGAAGAACUGUAAAAUUCUCACUAUUUUAAGGCAAUAUGUUAGAAAUUGUUUGAGAUAUUCUGAAUAGUUGUAAAUGCCUUUCCCGAUGGUUUUCUAACUAAUUCCAAUUGUAUGUAGGACCGAUAUGCGAACAAGCUUGAAAAUGCCUUUCCGAAGCACUUUUAUUUGAUUUUCGUAAGAUUUCGAAUGUUAUUCAAAUAACAACUUUCUUCGUGGUUGCACCAAACAAGCAUUGAAAGUGGGUGUGGAGGAAGAUUCAUAAUGUGUUACGAAAGCAUUCAGAAGCAAUCUUAAUACUUCUUAGCAGCAUUCCAAAUGCUUUACGGGAUUAUUUCUCCAUUAAAAUCAUAUGAAAUAUGAACUCGUUCCAAAACCAUUAUCAAUACUUCUCGACAACUUUUCUCUAUAUUUUUGGAAACAUUUUCUAAUUUAAGGACAAUCCUCACGGAAUCCAAAUGAAAAUCUACUCGCGUUUUCAAGGGCACACAACUCAAUACGGAAGCAACGAAUAACUGUCAUUUUUAUUAUUUCGGCUUUGCUGCGUCGCAGCUUGCGUGAAAUAAUAAAAAUGACAGUUGUGCGUUGCUUCCUUUUUGAGUAGUGUGCCCUUGGAAACGCGAGUGCAUUUAGUUUUGGAUUCCGUGAGGAAUGUCCUUAAGCUAUUUAGCUACCAUAUGGAUUUUUUUUUUUAAUCCUAGCCAAAAUAAACUCUGAAGCCUUUGAAGCCACCACGCAACUUAGCCUUUGCGGACCCAUUUGUAGCUGAUGGCCGAUCUACCUUUCGUGAGCUCAUGCUUCAUUGUUGAUCAGCGCUUCGUAUUCCUCUCUCAUGGCCAUUUUCCAGCGUUCGGAAUCGUCCAAUUGGACGAUCGUGGACCAAUUGGAUCAACAUAGUCACUUCUAGAGUCGGCACGAGAUUCAGGUCCUGGUAUUUCGCUGAAUUCGGGUUAAGUGUGCGACUAGAUCACUACGGUAGAUAGUUGAAUACGCACUUUAAGAAGCGAUCCUUUUGAUUUAUCCACUGCGUAUCCACUGCGAUUUGUAAUUUAAACACUGCUACAAUUGGUACAAUAAUAAUUUAAACGCGAACAAAUGGCACCUGAAAUCCGCAUUUGCUGAGUGGCGAUUUGAUUUCCAUUUGUUUUGUAAUAAUUUCAAAGCCUACUUUCCCUUCAAUAAGCUAUUCUACGAAACGGGUCAAAUGACAGGAGACCUAACACUAUUCUCGCUUAACUUUUCAAAAGGACCUAAGUAACAUUUUUUCAUGAAUUAAUUUGAAUACUGCAAUCAAUAGCUUUCAUGUUGUUCUGUUGAUUGCACUAUUCAAAUUAAUUCAUGAAAAAAUUAUAGUUAGGUCCUUUUGAAAAGUUAAGCGAGUAUUUUUUACUGUUUAUUCAUCAACCAAAGGAAUGAUGAUGAUGAUGGCGAAUUGAUGGCCGUUUUGCCAUGCAAUUUUACCAAAAAAAACACCCUUUUUGAAAAUAUUGCCAUCACUGUGUGCCCCUUUUUGUUGAUUUAGCUAACGGCCAAAAGAUUUGCACUGAGCUGCGGUAACAAUCGAACCUCCUUCACCGGAACUACUUUGCGCUGACAUUGUGAUUUGUGUUUGUAUAUGCAUUUUCUGCAUGUAGGACCUUGAAGGGUGUGGGGGCGGAUUAUUCAGAAUGCUCACCUUAUUUAUGAAUGAUCACUUAAAUUUAAACCUCAAUCUUCAAUCAGCUAGUACUCCAAUUCAACGCAUUUGCAAAGAUCUCCACGUCACAUAAAGAAGUGAGGUUCUGUUCCAGUACCGAAUCCAUGCAUCUAAUCUAACUAUGCUUGAGCGGCCUACUCAAGCACCAGAAUCCUACAUCCUGCUAGAAAGUUAAACUAAACAAAUAUCAAAAUCGACCUAAACAAACGUGUAGGAGUUUUACGCAGAAGUCAUACAAAACUGGGGAGCCAUAGUAGGGAGGAAAAAUAUUACGUUUAGUUGUUAUGUAAGUUUAGAUAAUCUAAAUCCUCUUUUAAAUGGAAUUUAAAAGCAAAAAAAGCUACAUCAGAAAUUCGUUAACCUUUUGUAGACUUACAAUUUUUAGAUCACUCUAUUUGCCAAAAAAUAAAUAAACGAAAUCCCACUUCUUACACUACGUUCAACGAAUCAUUCGACCCUAAAGUGUUAAAAUUGCGUUAAAUUGUCGUCAUUCUUUUAUGUUCGUUUCUCACGUAACCUGCUAUCAGUUUGUAAAAUAUGCGAAAAGCGCCAUUCUCUAUUUUCCGAAACAUAAACCGAUGAGAUUUGAAAUCGCAAAGUGAGCUCACUCACUUAAGACAAAACCCACACGUAUUAAAAUUUGACGAAAGGUUAAACAAUAUCAAAGUAAACGAAAUCAUUAUGACCAUUAUGGGGAAAGAAGCACUGGAUUAUAAAUGUGAAAAUGGAUCAUUUUUUGUAAAACGUUUGACUAUACACAGUUAAUAUGAUAAAAAAAACCCUUCGGCCAUCGGGCAAGCGACCUAUGAUGAACAGAAACCUAUUUUUAUCAGUGAACUUUUGUAUACACAUGCAUACAAACUCAAACACUCCCACACUCACACCAUACACACUCAAUCAUACAUACGCGAAUGCACGCGUACCAUUACCGAUGAUUAUAAGUUUCAUGUGGUGUAGAAUAAAAGAAGAAAAAAAUAAGGCAAACAAACCAACCAAUACAAGAAACUAAAAAUUGCAAUUGUUGUGCAGUGAUCUAAAAUUCCAAAACUAGUGAAAACAUCAGAGACAGAAGCAAGAGAGGAAGCAAGAAGAAAACAAUGUGUAAUAAAAAGAAAAAUGAAAAACCGGAAAAUAAUUGUAACUGUGGAUGAA